GCUUCCUUUCGCCACCCACCAAAACUUUUCCUUUUAUCUUUUCGUAAUUAGAAUUUGCACAACAACGACAACAAAAACAAAAUCACAAGAAAAAGAAUAAAAAAAAAAAAAACUACAAAAGCAAAGCACUCAUCUGUUUCUCUCUUUCAAGCCCCCACGGCCCACGCAAUUAACACAAGCCAAACUAACAAAACUCUCACAGCAACAAGAGAAAAGUAAAGAAAUUAGGAAAAUUAGACGACUAACAGUGAAGAGGGUUUGAUUUCUCUUUAGGGUUUGCGUCUGUUUCGAGGGGUUUUUUACAUGGCGAAGAAGAGGAAAUCAGACGCUACGCGCCUUGAUGAAGUUGACCGUACGAUGUAUACCACCUUCUGCAGCGCGGCAAACUCGCUCUCGCAGCUCUACUCGCAGGCGAUGAACCACCAGCGCCUCAGCUUUCAGGCCGGAGAGCGCCACGCGCUGGAGAAACUGUAUCAAUGGAUUUUGAGGCAGCAAGAAGAAGGAUCAAGAGUAACAACAGUAGAUAUAGUUGCUUAUUUGCAGAAUGAGCUUGAAUAUGGAGUGGAGGAGUCUCCGAUGUCCCCCAGGUUGCCUAUUCAUCACCAACAUCCCCAAAGUGCAUUGAAUAAUCUAGGAGUUCCCAUUGCUUCUAUUCCAUGUGCACCGGCUGUAGGGCCUGGAGUCCGUACCGGACAACCAGAUCAUCAAGUGAAGAACUCAGUUUUCUCUAAUGCUCUCUCCAGCCCUGUUCGCCGCAGCCUUCAACACUAUCACUUGUCGCAGGGAGGCUACCAAAUGUCAUCUGGAAACGGUCCUCGGAAUAGUGACACCAACAAUGUCCAUCAUCAGAACAGGGAUGCCAAUUCUCCCAGUUCUGAAUCCAUGGACAUGCAUGCAGAUAGUCCGGGCCAUGACUUUCCUUAUUGAAGUUUCCGUGUGGUUUCUUACAUAUUUUUUAUUGUUUCUUGUUGUCAAAACUUUAAAGCUCAUGUGUGGUGGUUAGAACUUAGAAGCCUUGAAAAUUCACUGCAGAUGUAGUGCAAGUACCAUUUUAUAAGGUAGCUAUAUCAUAUUUC